GGGUGGAGCUGUCCACGCAGUUGAGGCUAGGGGCGGAGGUGGGGGAUGCCCCGGAGCCAUGUAAUAUCACGCGGGGAGGGACUGGUCCCCUUAGUCUCUCUGCAAGGGGAGAUUCCCUAAAGCCGAGGGGUACAAGAGGGUGACGACAUAGCGGGGAAGCCCCAGCGCUGGCUAGAGAAGGCUGAGGCCGCGGGCUCAGCUGCCAGAUUGUGAGAUUUGGCGUCCUGGGAGGCAGAGCUUCGAGCAGCUACUCCACUGCGUCUCUGCACUCAGCCGUGGCCAGCCCCGCUCCCCAAGCCAUGUGCGUCCUCCAACUCCUCAUCCUGAGCAGCGCCUGGUGUUUGGCGCCGGCGACUCAGGUGGUGGAGGUGGUUUGUUCGGAGGAUGCUCUCCUGACUUGUACAGCCCCUUGGAACCCUCAGACCCCAUACACAAUGAUCUUCUGGGAUAAGAUUAAUGAACAAAGUGGAGAGCUGACCAACGUUCUGGGGAUGAACCUAAACUUUAGUGAACAGGUCCAUGAUGAGAAAGAGACAAAUGGCUCAUCGGAGGCCUGUCCUUCAGAAAAGUGUUCCCUAAAGAUUGAGAAUGCUACCUGUCACCAUGUUGGGACUUACAGAUGUACUUUGUGGGCGCCAGGAGAAGAAAACAGCCCAAGCGAUAUAGUUGAACUGAAAGUGGCAGGCUGUACCAUGGAGCCCAACGGUGACAAGUUAAAGAAAUACCGAGCUGAAGUUCUCUUACUGUUAUUUCUUGCGAUGUUUUAUGUAUUUCUCAUCGUAUUUACCUGUAAAUUUGCAAGAAUACAGAACAUAUUUCCAGAUAUCAACAAACAAAGUAUGGAACGAAUUUUUCUCCAUGUCCCCUUCCAAAAUAAGAAAGGUGUUCAACAGAUGGGUCCAACAACAGUUCAGAAGAUAGACUUGGUUUGAGCUUUCCUUCCAUGGGCUGUUUCUAGAACACCAAGAAUUCACAACCUUUCAUGGUUCUUUGGUCAGCCAAAAGAACAAAUACACUCUGCCCUUGUGAAGGGGGCAGCAUCACUAGGAUCACCUUUCUUGAGACGACUGAAAAUGGGGCCCCAGUGCCCAUCUGGAACAUGCCUUAGGAUGGACAAACCCAUUGUUCAUACAGUUUUGAACCUCUGAUGUAGAGAUUUGGAAAUAUGGAAGCAUCAUCUCUCAGGAUGAUCCCUGCUACCAUCUUCUUAAGGAUCCCCAUUCAGCUGUGUACUGCUCGUUGGCCAACCACGUGAAAACUUCUCAUUGUGGAGAAGGUGCAUACUGACCUAAGGAAUUCUUUCAGUCGCAUGGCAGCUACUCUCAGUGAGAUAUUGUUGAAAAAUGCUUCCAUGAAAAAUGAAUGUAUAAGACUCACUCUUGCUUGGGAUUCAGAGACUUGAUUCCCUAAGGCCAGUCAGCUACCUUCUCAUAUCUCAGUGGGACUUCUUGGAAGCUGCUUGAAUUUUGCUACACCAGCACAGUUGUUUCCUGUAUUGGAGAAGACUGACAGGUCCCGCUAUGAGGUGGUGGGAAAGAGCUAGUAAAUAACUCCCUGGCUUGAAGGCCUUGCUAUUAUGUGUAUUAUGUAUACAUUGAAAUAACAGGUCAAUGAACCAGUUCUCGGCAAUGCCUUUUUAUCAGGGAAAGACAUUUGCAAGGAAAAUGUGAAGAAAGAUGCCAUGUUCGAAGAACACAUGCCUAUAGGGAAUAAAACACACACACACACACACACACACACACACACACACCCCUUGGUAGUUAAUAUAAGGGAAUUUUCAGGCUGGAAUCACAAAUCUCCCAUGGAGCCUGGGCCAAUUACUAUGUCUCGUGCCAAAACUUGGCUCUCUUCUCUGCUGUUUUACCUGAGGUCAUGAAGAAAUUCUUCAGAGCUAAAAGCACUACCUAUGCUAAUGUACAAGUGUGAGAAGGAUGCCAAGUUGGGCAGUCUUACUUCCUAGUUCCCUCAUGCAACAUUUAUGUUAUUAAAUGUGAGGUCUCCAGGUCAGAAGGCUCUCCUGAAAAGAAUUGGGGAGAAGGGGAGAAAGAGGGAGGGGAGAUGGAGAGAGAGUGAGAGAAAGAGAGAGACAGAGAGAGAGAGACAGAGACAGAGACAGAGAGAGACAGAGAGACAGAGAGAUGGAAAAUGGCUCAGUGCCAUGUAUGUUACUUAAUAUAUUCAUAUCAUCUUUGUACCUGUAUUUCCCCCUGCCUCCCUCCUCCCCAGUUUGUCUUUGUAUCCCUAAGACUUAGCACAGUGCCUGGAACAUAGUAGGAUUUUAAUAAAAUCUAUUUUAA